UCUUUCUUUUGAGAGAAACGGUUUCUUACAUCUUCCAUGUAUAUUUUACUCUCCGGGAAACAACACUGAAAAAGGCCUCCAUUUUCGUCCUCGAGCCCAAACCCAAUAUCCAAAAUCCUCUCUCUCCGCUAAGAUCCUCAUUUUCAUCCCAAACCCUUGAGGAUAUAUAUAUAUAUAUAUAUUUUUACUGCUUUAUUGAUACUUUUUAGUGAGAGAAAACCUUGAAGACGACACCUUCGGACUGAACAAGAAAGGUAGCACAAGCUCAAGCAAUAGUGUUUUCAGAGAGGGUUUUGUUGUUCUUUCUUAGAGACGUGGUUCCUGGUAUAAAAGCCAUACACCGUUUCUUUAGAGACUGGUGAAGUGGGGUGAAAUUGUGCGUUUCUGUUUCAAUAUGUGAUAGGUUGGGGCUUUUUUCGGCUAUGAGUUCGGCAACUGAGUCUCCUGUUCACUCUUCAAUAGCGAUGAUUUUGCAUCAUUCCUUGAGACUGAUUUGCUAUCAAACUCUUAGGGUCAAUCUCCCGAGAGAGAUGAAAAUUUAUUGGAUGAGAGCACUUCAGCAAUUCUGGAAAAUGUGGACAAUGAGGAAAUUGAACUAGAGAGAAGAAAUAAGGCAGAAAAUAUGUGAAGAUGAAGAUAUAAAGGAAUCACUGUCAGAAGCUAACCAGGGUGAAUUAGAUGAUUUCGAGGCGUAUACAAGCGAGAAAGUUUGCCCUCCUUAUCCAGGAUUUUAUAAAGAUAUGUGUAUUCGAUGUGGGAGACAGUAGGAUGAUGAAAUUGUUGCUAAGAAGGAAACUGCAGUUGCUUUCAAUUACAUACAUAAGGAUCUAACACUUGGUGCGGGGGAAGUUGCACGCUUGCGGGCAGCUGAUUUAAAUAAAAAAACCUUCAUCGAGAACAUUAAUUUUACCUAGUUCUAGAUUUGGACCAUACUUUUGACUCGGCUUGUGGAUGCUUACCUGAGGAAGAAGCCCACCUCAAUGUAACAUAUUUGAAUAAAGGAACAAGCUCCUCUAGUGGUGCUACAGUGCAAUUCAGCAUUUCAUUCACAUUUUGGAAGUCACCUUGAGAACCAGCUAGAUGAUAGAAGAGCAACUUGUUGCACCUUAGGAGAUGGGGUGAAGGGUUAUUGGUAGGAGACGGUGUCCUAGUGGUGAAGGCAGGUGCAUAACAUUUUUGGCUUGCCCUUGGCAUACUGGAACAAGGUAGUCCUCCUGCAAUAAAUGAGUUUUUUGGAAAGUUGAAAGGAGUCAGAAUACAUGAUAGCAUGAGGGAUUAUGUCCAGUUAAGCAUAUCAAUGAAGAGGGGUUGAGCUUCCACAGUUGGUUUGCUGGGGGCCAUGCUGGUUCGAGUGGGGGAUACAAAAUUCUGGUAAGGCUGGGGUUGCUGUGAGGAAUAGAGAGGGCAUCUUUAGAAAACAUGUAGGACCAGAAAUGAAAGAGAAGAGGUAAGGAAGCUAGACGAAUCUUAGUCCAAGAGGAAGGACAUACGAUGGAGAGAAUCAUGCAUAAUUAGGGGUUCUAUUUCUAGCUGUAAGAUACAUGUGAGAAAGGAGUUAGAUGAUGAAGUGAUCAUUUUGGUUAGUGGAGGUUUUGUAUGAAGUUCAACUAGAUUAUGGCGGGUCUCAAAAGCUUAGUUGAACUCCUACUGGUGUUUCUACUGCACGAUCAUUUUCUUGCUUUUCGACAGCAAAACCCCAUUGGGACCCCAUUCCCCUUCCUAUGGAAUUGGAAACACUUUCUGGACCACCUAGGAGAUUUGUGCGUCUUCUUGAGGAGUUGUUUCUCCGCAUUGGGUGAUAGUAGUGACCCUCUAUUCAAAUUGGCGCCAUUGCACAUGUUCACAAAGCUGCGGCCCUUUGUCCAUACCUUCUUGAAGGAAGCAAAUACCAUGUUUGAGAUGUAUGUCUAUACAAUCGGAGAGUGUGCAUAUGCCCUAGAAAUGGCCAAACUUCUUGAUCCUACUGGAGUAUACUUUGGUUCGAGAAUUAUUUCUCAGGGUGACAGUACUAUGAAGCAUCAAAAGGCUGUGUUGGGAGCAGAAUGUGCUGUAGUGAUUCUUGAUGACACAGAACAUGUGUGGCACAAGCAUAAAGAAAACCUGGUUUUGAUGGAGAGAUGCCAUUGCUUUUCUUCUAGUUGUCGACAGUUUAACAUUCUUCACAAGUCAUUGUCUGAAUUGAAGAGAGAUGAGAGAGAAUCAGAUGGCAUGCUACCGAGUAUUCUUCAGGUUCUCAGGUGGUUUGGACUGAUAUCAAUGAAAGUGAUGAAAGAGAUGUAAGAAAGGUACCAGCUACUGUUGCCCCCUGAUUGUUAAAGUGGUUAUUUUUAU